CUCGUUGCUACAGGAAUGCUGAGAAAUGUCUGACCUUGCCGGAAAGCGCAACCUGCGCAGUGGCCGCAACUGCCACCGCAAGCACGUCGAGGACGGGUAGGUUCAUCGGUCUCGUCGCCGGGUUUUCAGGUAAAGUCAGGUCAGGCCAACUCUGUCGAAGAAGGAACAUCGAAGAAAGGAAGGAGGUGGGCGGCAAUGGAGGAUGCGAUGGCGGCGGACGGGAAGAGCGUGCUGCAGGGGCGGUACGAGCUGGGGCGGGUGCUGGGGCACGGCAACUUCGGGCGGGUGCACGCGGCGCGGGACCUGCGCACGGGCCGCAGCGUCGCGGUCAAGGUGGUGGCCAAGGACAAGCUGGAGCGCGCGGGCAUGGCGGAGCAGAUCAAGCGGGAGAUCGCCGUCAUGAAGAUGGUGUCCCACCCCAACAUCGUGGAGCUGCACGAGGUGAUGGCCACCCGCUCCAAGAUCUACCUCGCGCUCGAGCUCGUCCGCGGCGGGGAGCUCUUCUCCCGCAUCGCGCGCGCGGGGCGGGUCCGGGAGGACGUGGCGCGCUGUUACUUCCGGCAGCUCGUCGCCGCGGUCGACUUCUGCCACGGCCGCGGGGUGUUCCACCGAGACCUGAAGCUCGAGAACCUGCUCCUCGACGAGGUAGGCAACCUCAAAGUGGCGGACUUUGGGCUCAGCGCGCUCGCCGGGCACGCGCGCUCCGACGGGCUGCUCCAUACCGCCUGUGGCACGCCGUCAUACGUCGCCCCCGAGGUGCUCGGCGGGAAGGGCUACGACGGCGCCAAGGCGGACCUCUGGUCCUGUGGCGUCAUCCUCUACGUGCUCCUCGUUGGCAGCUUGCCAUUCCACGAGGACAACCUCAUGGUCAUGUACCGGAAGAUGCAGCGCGGCGAGUUCCUCUGCCCGCCGUGGGUCUCAGCGGACGCCCGGAAGCUCAUCGGCGAGCUGCUCGACCCCGACCCGAGCACGCGCAUCACCGUCGCUCGCCUCGUCGAGACGCCGUGGUACCGGAAGCCGUUGCCCGUCCUGCCGCCGCUCAACCUCAAGGAGCCAACCCCGGACGCGCGCCGCGCCACCUCUGACAAGGAAGAGCCCGAGGUGCUGAACGCGUUCCACCUCAUCUCUUUCUCGGAGGGCUUCGACCUGUCCCCGCUCUUCGACCAGGGCCGUGGCGGCGGCGUAGGGAGGUCUAGCGCGGGCGGCAUCCGUUUCGUGACGCGCGAGGCCGCCAGCAGCGUGGUCUCCCGUCUGGAGUCGCUGGUCACCGGCCGCGGAGCCAACAUGCGCGUGACAAAGAGCGGCUCGCGGGGCGUUCGUUUGGAGGCCGUGUCGCGCGGGCGCUCGGGGGCGCGGCUGGCAGUGGCCGCGGAGAUCUUCAGCGUGGCGCCGUCGGUGCUCCUGGUGGACGUGAAGAAGGACGGCGGCGACACGAUGGAGUACCGGUCGUUCUGUAGCGAGGAGCUCCGGCCGGCGCUCAAGGACAUCGUCUGGGCCUCCAGCCAGGACACACCGGGCGCCGCUUGAUGUCGUCGCUGUCGCUCCUGCCACCAUUAUUGUCCUUGCCCAUCAAUUGCUGUUGGUGUCCGUGUAGGGGGGGUCGUGCUCGUGCAUUAUUGUUUGGUGACGAAGUGAUGUUUGUUUGUCGUUUGCCACUCUCGUAGUUGGUUUCUGCUGUGGUGCAGCGGCUGCUGGCAGUUGCAGUUGGGCUGUUGCCCGCGGGGCGCGAGCAAAGCAGAAUCAGCGGGAACUAGCAUUCGUAUCCUGCAUGCACGCCCAUACCGUGUCAGCUCUGAAGUGGGAAGAACUGUAACAAGUAGUAGUACGAAUGUACCAGGGUGAUGUGCUUUCGAGUCACUUGUGUAUAUAUUCAUUUUUUUAUC